AUGGACGUGGAGGAGGCCUUCCCCCAGGCGGGCCAGAUGGGGCCCUUCCAGGUCUGGCUCUGCGUCUUGCUGGCCGCGCUGCUCCAGGUGAAGAAGCCGGACGGGGCGGAGGGAGGGAGGCGGCGGCGGCGGCAAGGGGAGGCCCCGCCUCCGAGAAGGGAAAGGGACCUCCAGAGGCAGCUAGUCCAGCCCCCUGCCACGCAGGGAUUCGCCACGGUUGCAGCGUAGUAGUAGGAGUAGUAGUAGUAGUAAUAAUUAUUAUUUAUACUCUGGCCACCCGGCUGGCCCUCCCCAGCCACUCUGGGUGGCUCCCAACAGAAUAUGAAAAACACAAGAAAACAUCAAACAUUAAAAGCUUCCCUAAACUAGGUUUCCCUCAGAUGUCUUCUAAAAGUCAGAUAGUUGUUUAUUUCCUUGACAUCUGAUGGGAGGGCGUUCCACAGAGUGGGUGCCACCACCGAGAAGGUCCUCUGCCUGGUUCCCUGUAACCUCACUUCUCGCAGAGAGGGAACCACCAGAAGGCUCUCAGUGCUGGACCUCAGUGUCCCAGCUGAACGAUAAUAAUAAUAAUAAUAAUAAUAAUUAAAAAAAAAUUUAUUUAUAUCCCGCCCUCCCCAGCCGAAGCUGGGCUCAGGGCGGCUAACAACAAUUAAAAUAAUCCAACAUUCUAAAAACAUUUAUUAUAAAAUUAAUUAAAAUCAAAUUGAUGGCAACCAUUAAGCAAAAUUCUGUGCAGAUUGCCAGAGGAGGGGGUCAGGCUGGGCCCUGACCAAAGGCCUGGUGGAACAGCUCUGUCUUGCAGGCCCUGCGGAAAGAUGUCAAGUCCCGCAGGGCCCUGGUCUCUUGUGACAGAGCGUUCCACCAGAUUGUAGCUGCGGCCGAGAAACCCUGGCUCUAGUUGAGGCCAGCCUAACUUCUCUGUGGCCUGGGAUCUUCGGGAUGUUUUUAUUUGCAGACCGUAAAUUUCUCUGUGGGACAUACCAGGAGAGGCGGUCCCGUAGGUACGAGGGUCCUAGGUGCACGAUGAUGGUGCAGAUGCUCCUCCAGAAUCUGCCGCCUGCUUGGUGGCCCCCCACCCAAUGCUUUCCCCAGGGAGGCUGACCUGGCACCUUCCUUGCCUAUCUUUAGGCACCAGCUGGAAAUGUUUCUCUUCAAGCAGACGUUGGACUGCUGUGGCCUUUUAAAUGUGCCUCUGGGGUGGUGGUGGUGGUGAUUAGUUUGUCUUGCCUUUGCCUGUGUUUUAUUAUGUGUCCUGUGUUUUUGUUUUGUCUUUUUAUGUUGUGAACCGCUUUGUGAUCUUUGGAGGAAGGGCGGUGUGCAAAUUUAGUAAGGAAUAAUAACAAUAACGCCAACCUCUACCGUGGCCUCAUGGGGAAAAGGAGAUGCUGCUGGUCUCCUUCCACCCCUGAGCCCAAAAUGGUUAGAGUGUUGGGCUACGACCUUGAAGACCAGAGUUCGAAUCUCCCAUUCCGCCAUGAAGCUCGCUGGGUGGCCUUGGGCUGGUCACCAUGUCUCAGCCUAACCUCCCUCACAGGACUGUUUGUUGUGAGGGUGAAACAGGGAGGAGGGAAGCCAUGUUCAGCACCUUGAGCUCCUUGGAGGAAAAGGUGGUAUAUAAAUGUAAGGAAUAAAUAAAUAAAUAGUGGGGGCUGCUCUCUGGGGUCUCCUGGGCUUUGCACUUCCCUGGCAUGAUUCAGUGCACCCCCUUCCAACAAUGGCCUUUGAUUCCCAUUUCAGCCUUCAGGUGACGUUGAUUUGAUCCCCCCUCUUUUUCUCUAAUGUAGAUCUUCACUCACCCCUUCUUCCCUGGUGCGUGUGUGGGGAGUGAGUCCUAUUUUGUGGUUUGCCUGUGGUGCCAAAAUGUAUUAGGCUGGCCCCGCACCAAGUAGAUGGGUAGCCCUAAGGGCGACAGUCGCUUGGACAGUAUAGCCUCAAGGAGAGCCACUUUGGUGGUGGUGAGUGCAGUGGCAGAGCUUCAUGCUCCAGCACCGGGGGGCGGGGCUGGCGCGCGUCCUGGAGGCAUGGCACAUCACCUGCGGGGGCAUGGCACCCAGCGUGGGGGGGGGGAGCCGCAAUGGCACCCCACCGGUAUCGUGCUGCCAGGGGCGGUGCGCUCCCCCCGCACUCCCCUUCCUCUGCCACUGGGUGAGUGUUCUUGUGUAGUUUGUGGCUGUCACACAAAGCCCAAAGGUGAAUUGGAAACUACCCUUCAAAACUGUAAUUGGAAACAGACAGGCACCUCCAUUUUUUUUGCUGGCCAUGGCAAGCCUUUCUCCAACCUUGCAGCUGCAGAAUUGGGUUUGGCCAGCAGUGCAGAGAUGCCUUCUCUCUCUCCUAUCUCCCUGCCUCCCCUUGGGUGAGGAAAGCUGAAGGUGCUGUGGCUGGGUAUUGUAGGCUGAGCUUUGCCAAACCCAACAGCCAUACCCAGGAACCCUCCAUAGAACGAGUGUGGAGAUAAGCUCUGCUGCUAAGCAGCCAGACCAAUAAAACACGGCCAGCUGUGCUGGCUCUGGAGCUGGGAAGUGAGGUGGUGGUUGCCGUAGGUGCCCUGGAGCAGCUCGGCCACUCACGGCCAUGUCAACAAGCCUUCAGCACCCUUCUCAGUCCUAAAGUUGGACCUGGAGAUUUUUCCCUGAGGCGGAAUCAUUCUGCCAAGCACAAUUUUAGCCAGCCAAAAAUUAUGGCUCCCUGGAAAUUGUUCCACUCUGAUCUUGGCUUUCUCCAAGACCACAUGGAUACUCAUGACUGAGAAGGCCUGUUUGCGUUCAGAUUGUAAGCUUGUGUCUGGUCUGUACUAUUUCAGUGUACUCACAAAAAUCUUUGUUGACUAGAAACAAGUUUGUUUAGCUUAUAACUCAUCUUGACGUGUGUGUUUUUUUCUUGGAGAAAACUUAUUUUGUAUGAAAGAACUUUGAAUUAUGUUGUAGUGGUAGAGAAAUUCUUAUAAGCAAACGGGACUAUUGGUUCCUCAGGUGGCAUGAUCUAAAUUUCACAGAUAUGUGUACAGUGGCACAGAGGCUAAGAUGCUGGGCUGUGAAUCCGGAAGCCACUGUUUCAUAGACAGAUUUAUUGGGUGCAAGCGGGGCAAUGCAUUACUCUGGCAAAUGCUUAUUUAGAGAAGAGGACUGGAAUGUGUGCGCUUAACACUUUCUUCACCAUAGUUUGCAAUUGGUUUCAUAUCCGGACUUGUUUUGAAGCUGCUAACAAUAGUUCCUUGGUUUGGAUGAAACUGGGGGCCUACCCACUUUUCUGUUCCAUGAUUUCAAGAGGUUCUUCUUUUCCCCACUACUUCCCCCAGGAAAACCUGUUGUUUACUGUUGAAUCGGAACCAGAAUCAAUUGGGUUUGUUCCAAUUUAGCAGUAAAACAGCAGGUUUUCCUGGGAAGGCAGCAGAACAAAUAAAAACCCCUCUUGGACCUGUGACUUGAAAUCACAGGACAAAUGGAAGUGUAGAUGGACCCUGGAAUUAUGGUUAUUGCAAAGGGGUUGUAUAGCCAAGCAAAAAGAGCAUUCAUAGGAUUGCUAUGAAUUGACAAGGAGGGAGAAACAUUUCCAAAGCUGAAGUAUGUAAAGAUAAACCUGAAAUACUGGCAAUUCUCAUUCUAAAAGGCAAAUAACCUCUGAGCUAUUGUGUAGAUAUGAUCAAGGAUAUUUGUUAUUUAAAUGUCUGGAAGUUCUUGUUUGUUCUGCCAUUGAUUUUGAUUCUACUUCUCAUUGUUUCAGCUCUAUGUGGCCAGUGAAGCAAUCCUCAUUGCCCUAGUGGGGGCAACGCCUCCUUACCACUGGGACCUUGAAGAGACCUCUGCAAAUAAAAGCCAUAGUAAUGAGUCGGCUAGCGAAGAAAGAACUUUUAGGAAGUGGCUCCUGACGGCCAAUGGGAGUGAAGUUCAGAAACACAUACACUUUAGCAGCAACUUUACAUCAAUAGCCUCUGAGGUAAUUGAGCCAAGAUUGUUGUGGGGAUCUUGGCACUUAAUCUUCUAAAUUAUUGCUACAAAAUUGUAGGUGAUCCAUUAGAGAGAGAAAAUCCAAAUUCUACAGUAAUGUAAGAUGCACCAAGUAAGAUGUCCCAAAAUGGUGAACAAGCUUUUUCGCAGCUCUCUUAAUCAGGCUGAGCAACACAAGCAAAAUGGGAAGGAAGAGGUCAGAGAACAUGGUGCAACCAAAAUUCUGUCUUGCACUUAGCAGAGACUAAUUAAGUCUGUGAACCUGGGCUGAAAUCCUACUUAGCCAAGAAGUUCCCUGGGUGACCUUGGGCCAGCCACUGUCAGCCUAGCCUAUCUCACAGGGUUGUUUUAAGGAUAAAAUAUGGGUGGAUAGAACUAUGUAUACAACACUGAGUUCCUUGGAAAAGGUGGGAUAUAAAUGUGAUAAACAAAUGAAUUUCCUGCAUUCCCAAAUUGAGAUUGCUACAGACCACAGCCUUUUGGGCUGCAAUAUUAAUCUCUUCCUCUCCCACUGCCCUGCCAUUUUGCUUAGGGUCCAGGCAAAAGAAGAGUUAAAGGUUUGCUCACUGUUUUUGUCACAUUCUAGUUGGUUCAAAGUAAAGCCUUAACCAAAUGUAGCUCUUAUAAAAAUGACUUAUGAUCCAUUCAUAAUCAUUUUGUCUAGCUGUGAUCAGAUGAACAUACCCAGUCCUGUGGAUAUUGGCAUCUGUGACUUUUCUAAAAACCACCAGAUUAAUUCAUUUGAUGAAGUGGACUGGAGUCCAUAUAAGCUUAUACCAUAAUAAAUGUGCUAGCCUUUAAGGUUGUUACUGCAAAAACACCUAGCAUGACUACUUCUCUGGAAAUUGUGUGUGUGUGUUUAAAGGGGAGGAACUAGUUUAUGACUCCAUAAAGAAGAAUAAGAUCAUUAUUUCUUUACUGGGUUCAUGAACAGUGCUAUGCUUGAAUGGUAACCUGAGUGUAGCUCAAUCUACUUCCUCACCAAGUCUGUUUCACAACAAGCAUUGCAUAAGUUCAUUCCAUACUUCAAAGGAUAUGGUUUGUAGCAUUUGUGAAGUAUUAAUUUCUAAGAAGAACUGUGGCUGAAACAUAUCACUGUUUCUGAGAAGAUCAGCACUGAAGCUAAAUUAUGAAGUAUAUGUCUGUUUGCAGUUUUUGGCAAUGGAGGUGCUAAACAUACUCAUUCUCAAAAGACAUGUCCUAUUAACAAGAUUACAAAGCCCCCACCUUAAUGGAUUAAGUUCAUACACUGGAAUUGUCAUAUUAGCCAGUAACAAGUGAACAGAAUAAAGAGUAUGCCUUCAGGAAAUGCUUCUGCCAACUACCCCAGAGUGUUACAUUUGCCAUUUAUCCAUUGUACAGAAAUACACAUAAUACGUACUCUGUGAUCUUUUAAGAAAUGCAUAUUAAACUUGAAGCAUCUCAAUACUGGCCUUUCUUCGGAAGUUUUGCCACCCCUGUUUAGCUUCUGUAUGUUGUACAUGGACAAUAAAUAUGCAAUGUUACCUAUAGAUAUAAAUCAGUAAGGAGAGAAAAGUACUUUUUAUUUACACUAGGAAAUAACUUUUUGUCGUUGUUAGGUGCAUGAUAAUGCUAAAGAUAAUUUAUGGAUUUUAAAAAGAAGCUCUUCCCUUCUGUUGGAUUCUGCCUAACUCUGCUUUUUCUCCCCCUAGUGGUUUUUAAUUGGCAAUACAUCAUACAAGAUCAGCGCUGCUAGUUCGUUUUUCUUCAGUGGUGUGUUUGUUGGAGUGAUUACUUUUGGACAGCUCUCAGAUCGUUUUGGACGGAAGAAAGUCUACCUUGUAGGUAAGCUGUCAUCAGAAAAAGAUGAAGGGAAAGCCCUCCGUCUUUCUUAGAAUAGUUGUAUUCUCUGCUCUGUCUAGGUAUUUUAAAGGAAAGCCAUGAAUUUGAGUACUCUAUAGACUACACUUCAGAUAUUGGGAAUCUCAUCGUAGCUUUCUCUUUCUACAAUUUGUAGGGUUUGGUCACCUUCUGGGACAUUGGAGACUUGUAGAGAGAGGGGGCAGUAUGGGCUGAUAAUAAGAGUUUUUUUAAUUUCUUGUGAAAAGAAUCCAUGAAUGGGUUUUAAUUGGGGCCCAGUUGUCCCAUUUGGAUUUUGGGGAAAUCUCCCUUGUGUCAAAUUGGCUAGUGACCUUGUGGUGCUUUGCACUGUGCUGCUUUUCUCUUCCAGUAAUGUGUGCUCCUUACUUCAAGAACUCCAGAUGGUCGUGGUGAUCUGCAGGAUUUUGUUGCAGUUUCUUUUGUGGCUCAGUCUGAAACUGCAAAGCUGUCCAUAUGCUUUUAGCCCUAUAGUUUUAACCUACUUGUCGGAAGCAGAUAAAACAGCUAAAUUCCUGUUACUCAAAUAUUCUGAAUAUUUAUUUGUUAUCCGAAAUAUUUGUAGCUUGCCUUCUUACUCACACAUGGAUCCAAGAAAUUUAAACAAUAACAUGGGAUUAGUUCACCCUCUCUAACUGAAGGCUCACAAACAUAGUUACCAGUUCUCUUAUGGUAUAACACACACCCUGGCUUCAGGAACAUCUAACGACAGAUGACAGUUACAAGAGGCAAGGUUUGCCUUUGCCUGGGCUGCUGAUCUUAAGUGUUGCCUCAGCUGCUCCAUCUUUCUCUCCUUAGCAGCCCCCAAGCAGCAAAAAGGGCUGUGGGGACAAGAUGGCAACAUUCCUCACCCUGGCUCAGAUAUUUUGGCUGUUGCUACCAGCUCCUAAAGCCCUGGCAAGCCCAAUGUAAAUAAUUGCCUUUAAAAUGGCCACUAGGAAAGCCUGAUAGCAGCUGGCUAUUAAAAUGGGAUAAUCAUAUGCACUAUUCAUUGCAGAAUUAGAAUCCAUUUAAAGAUAUGGGAGCUGCUGAUUUUUAAAAAGAGAGAGGAUAAUUGUAAAACAUGAUUCCCUCCAUCGGGUGUGUGUCUUUUCCAUAAAGCGAACCAGACAGCGUAUCCUUUCAUAUGUAGAGAACUUUUGUGUAAGAUACAGUCAGCUAUAUUUUUCAUUAACAAACACUACAUGUGCUUUCUUGAGCAACCAAGCAGAACUGCAUUAAAAUAUUGCACUGUGUCCACAGUGGCUAACUUUGGGAAAAGAGGGGGAAAAAACAACCAUCAUUUACUUCUUGGGAGAUGUUCUGAAGGAAAUUUUUGUUUGCCUUCCAGGUUUUGCCCUUGACAUUUUGUUUGCUGUUGCUAAUGGAUUCUCCCCUUCGUACGAGUUCUUUGCAGUCUCUCGCUUCUUGGUGGGAGUAAUGAAUGGUGGGAUGUCAUUAGUGGCUUUUGUCCUCCUGAACGAAUGUGUGGGCACUGCUUAUUGGGCUUUGGCAGGUACAACAUUUAAUUACUGAUCUUUAUAUUAAAAGCUUGAAAAAAAUUCUGGCAGCAAAUCCAAAUUUUAAUUCAUGUUUGAGAACUGCUUUAUACAUUAUGAGAUUGACGGGCACAUCCAGGUAAUCUGUAUGCAUCCAGCCAUUGAUUAAUUGAUUGAUUGAUUGAUUGAUUGAUUACCAUGUGCAUACAUGCUUUUGUUGGCAGCUGAGACGUGCUCUUGCUUCCAUCAGUUUGUAGACAGGGUAAAAAAAAAUAUUAGCUUGCAUGUUAUGGUCAUGGUGUAUCCUCCAACUGUAAUGUGUGAAGUAGUUUGUGUUCCCUGUAUGCAUACGAUUGAUCCUUCAGCCACAAAGCUCUGCAAAUUUUCUGUUGUAAAAUGCUAAGCAUUCUGAUUCUUACACAUUUAAAAUACUAGCACAAACUUUAGCCUCUGUAGGAUGAGGAUAACAUACCUAAUAGAUCAUGUGUUACACUGCCUAAAAUUCUCAGUCCAGUUCUGCUCAUGCCAUGUCACCCGCAAAGUUGUUAACCUCACAAAUAGUGAUUUUAAGAACAGGUUGUAGCAUAAUUUGUCUUCUCUUUCCAUCUUAAAUUAUCUUUAUCUUUGCAUCUUUGUUCAGGUAGCCUUCUUUGCCUGUCUGUUUUGUGUUAGCAAGCAUCAUUAAAUGGUCAAUAACUCUUUUUUCCCUGUCUGCCUUAUGUUAGGAUCAGUUGGUGGCCUCUUCUUUGCUGUGGGAAUUGCCCAGUAUGCUUUGUUAGGAUAUCUCAUUCGCUCCUGGAGAAUACUAGCAGUUGUGGUUAACCUGGAGGGAACAGUAGUCUUCCUCCUGUCUCUGUAAGUUACCUACCUUAAAAUUGUUCUGGUGGUGUUCAUGAAAAGGUUCACUUAUCGCUGAAUAAAAGUAGUAGUUGUCUCUCUUUCUUGCACCCCUUUAAAGUAUUUUAAGCUGUUUGAUUUCUACUUUCCCUGAUCCUCCUUUCUCUAAGCCUGGACAUAGAUUUAGCCUCUUCUCAUAGGAUAUUUCUAGACUCUUUCAUCUUAACAGUCCUUAGAAUCCUUUUCAGUGUCUGUCUUGACAUGUGCUCCCCAGAACUGAACAGAAAGAUUCAGGAUGUGGUUUUAGCAGUGCUAAAGGGAAAAGGAAUACUACAGAAUUGUGCCAGCACUGCUCCUGUUCACACAGCAUAGGGUUGACUUUGGCCUUGUGCGACAGCAUCACCUUUUGUCUUGUUAGUUUUAUCCACUCUGCUCCCUAAAUCUGUCUUUGAAGUGUUGCUGCCUUGCCAGAUUCCCACCAUUUUAAGAGCCAUUGUGUGGCUUUUUCCUGCUUUGUCUUCCUUCCUUUAUGUUCUGAUAAACUCUGCCAAGUUCUGAUCAUCCAAGUUAGUUGCCACCUGUCCCAAGAUUUCAUAAGCUGUAAGCUUCAGACUUCUUUCCCCUAAUGUCAUCUGUAGCCACUGCUUUAGAGGUAGGCUUUCAGUUACACAGAGGCGGACACUUGUUAGGAUGAAGACAGACUUAGGAUUUGAAGAGCGUUUGCAAGAGGCAUUUCAUCUGCAUUAUAAACUGGCAUUGACAUCUGUAAUAUACAGACACACACCUUAAGUUGAGCACUGCAUCAGCCUUCAGUCUUGCCUCUCUUGUGCUUCUAGCAAGUUGCUUAUUUCUUUCCCUUUUUUUGAUGAUGCAUAUAAAUUUGCUUAUUCAUUCAAAUGAGGAGAAAAAGUUUGAAAAUCAGUUGCAAAACUGCUCUGGAAUUUUGGGUGGUAGGGAAGGUGCUUGAUUGAUGUAGGAAGUACAUGUCCACCAAAACUGACUUUUCCUUGUUGAAAGUAAAUUACUUUUUUUUUUUUUUAGAGUUCAGUUGAAAGGCACAUGUGUGAGAGAGACAGAGAGUGAGUGACUGGAUGUAUUUAGCAAACGGUCUUGGUUGCAUCGGUGUUACAUAUGAAAUUACCUGAGCAGGUGGGGAACGGGAUUCAGCCUGCAGGGCCAUGAUGAUGGAUGUGGGAGGCUGAUUCCAGUUGGGUUUGCAUUUGACACCAAAUUGAAAAGGCACAGGGAGUGCACUAGAAGGCCCCUCACUGUUCCUUUGCAAAGGCAUCUUUACCUGUGGCUGCCCCACACCUGAUGACAAGUGGGCGUGGCUUGGGGGAAAUGACUUUGUGGGCCAAAUUAGGACCUCCAUCAGCCUGAUUUGGCCUACGGGCUGGAAGUGUUUCCCAUGCUUGUCUCGUACAAAUUGAAAACUUCAAGCAGCAAUGAAAAAUGGAUGAUUUCAAUAAGGCUGCAGUAACUUUAUCUGGAGAAGCCCAAGUAUGUUUUGGGGGGGUGCUAGUGCACAUCCGCCAUUCAGUUAUACGCUGGUGGCAGGAUAGAGCAUGGUCAAACAAUGCAUAAUCUUUGAGCGCAAUGUGAUUCCUGGUACAAGACCCAGGUUUUACAUUUCCCCUUUGUGGUUUUGCUUUAUUUUACAUAGCAUUAUUUGGUUGAUUGCAGGAGGCUUUAGGCAGUUCAUACCUGGUGAAUUGAAGUUGCUCCCUUGCUUAUGAUAGCACAGUGGAUGGAAGUCCAUAGGCACCUAAACUCUUCAAAAAUUAGCAGCAGUCUGAUUGCUAAACACAAAUAAUGUGAAGGCCUUUCCCAAGAUACAGACUCUAGAUGAAAUGUCGUAAUUUCUUCUUCAAAAAUGUUUCUAGACUUAUUGGGUGCAGAGUAGCUUGACAAAUCAAAGGUUCAGGGAGAAUGUAUUUCCCAAAUAAUCAUUUCAAAGGCCAUACUACUAGUUUUAAGGUUUUCAAUACAGUGCAAUUUUAUACACACUUACUCAGAAAUAAGUUAUAUUACGUUCAACAGGGUUUCCUCCAAGGUAAGUAUGCAUAGGGUUGCAGACUGAAUUAAAUAAUAGAAUUGUAGAGUUGGAAGGGGCAGUGGGGGUCAUCUAGUCCAGCCCCCUGCAAUGCAGGAAUCUUUCACCCAAUGUGGGCUCGAACCCAUGACCCUGGGAUUAAAGAGGCUCAGGCUCUACUGCAGAUAUAAGUAAUUACAAGCAUAGUUUAAUUCAUAAAUACUUUAAGUAGGUCAAAAUAUUCAUAAUAGGUUAUGAAAUAAAGAAAUACUUGAAAAAGGAAAGAAGUAAUCUCUUUAUAAUCUAAAAGUAUAAUAAAAUAAUAAUCAUUUUACAAUAAUGUAAAUAAAUUGUACAUAUGCAUAUUCUACUGAAACUUGUUCUAAAACACAAUCACCAUUACCCAGCACUCUAAAAAAUCCAUAUAGUGUUGCCUCUCUUAUGUAGUAUGUUGACAGAUAACACCACAGCAUCCCAGAUACUUUUGACACAUUCUGAAAUGGAAGGGAAUGAGCCCCCCCCCCCCGACUUUUGCAAAAUUUUCUUUGCUGCAAAUAAUAAAUUUACUGUUACUUCCAUAUUGUCUUCAAGAAUUACAUCCUUUUAAUAACUUACCUAAUAAUCCAAAAACUUUAUUGUUAUCUGAUAUUCUAAUACUUCUGAAAUGACAUUAAAAUUGUGUUCCAAUAUACUGAAUUGUUGUGCAACUCAUAUGAAAAACAUAUGAAAAAUCCAUUUGUGACAUACUAGAUCUCCAACUCUUGUCCUGAACUGAAGCAUAUAUUUUGUUCAGUCUAUAUAUGGCCAAAUACCACUGACAAUAAAAGGGAAAAAAGGAAUCUUAGCAUCUGACUGAGAAUGUUGAUAUAUGUAAUCUACAAUUUUUAAAUAAAAAUACAUGUUCAUUACAGAAUAUUAUGACAAUGAUAAUUUAUUAUUUGUAUUAUUACAGAAUAUGCAUAUUUUGAAUAAUAGGGAGAUGAACUGUGUCAUUGUCAAUUGCUAUUCUCAAUACUUUUCCAUACCACUGCUUUCACACUGCUUUUUCAAGUUCUGUAUUAAGUUUACGUUUGCACAUUCAGAAUUUUCCUAAAUUAGCUUAACAUGGCUGCAUUCAGUGCAUAGUUGUGAGCUGCAGUCCUACAAAAUUGGUCUUGUUUAUCCCUGUGCAAAGCAGCAAAGACUGAAGUCUAUUUGCAGUAUAAAACUUGUUCAUGAUUGUACUUUUUUCUUUUUUACCAGAAGUGCCAAUAUUGAGUAGUCAUAGAAUCAUAGAAUCAUAGAGUUGGAAGAGACCACAAGGGCCAUCGAGUCCAACCCCCUGCCAAGCAGGAAACACCAUCAGAGCACUCCUGACAUAUGAUUGUCAAACCUCUGCUUAAAGACUCUAACGCCAUCUGGGGAAUGUUUUCUCUCUUUUUGUCCUUUGUAGAUUCAUUCCUGAAUCACCUCGUUGGUUGUAUUCACAAGGACGGCUGAGUGAAGCUGAAGAUUCCCUCUACCUCAUUGCAAAGAGGAACCGCAAACCAAAGUGCACUUUUUCACUUAAACUCCCUACUGAACGGAGUUAUAAAGAGACCAGUAGCAUCCUGGACCUGUUCCGGUACAAGAUCCUUUUGGGACGUACUCUGAUCAUGAUGUUCAUCUGGUACUUACACUAUCUUUUGAUCUGAUUUUGAAAUUGCUACUACUGUACUGCUCAAAUACAACACGAUAGGCAUGUUCUGUCUUUCUGGGGGGAAAUAUGUGGCUGUUACAGCCCCAAACUCUUUUUUUAAAAAACAGGCUGCAAAAUCCAUUUGGAGUUUUAUGGUUUUAAAUAUUUUUUACAAGAACAAAAAAACCGUAGAAUAUCGAAGAUCAGAGCCUGUGGGAUUAUUUUAGUACAUAAUUACACAAAGACCAAGUGGUCCUUGAAUGGUAGAGUAAAAAUCAUUUUGUGAGCACAUUUUCCAUGUGGCUUGACAUUUUAAUACGAAUAUUACAAGACAGUUUGAGUAAUGUCUCUUUGUUAGAUAGCUGGAAGACCACUGACAUGUACAAAUGUAGUUUAUGUUGUCUGGAUCAAAGCAGAACCUUUUUUGUUUUGUUUAAUGAAAGAAAUAAGACUUGGAGGUUCAGUGAUCUGAAUGGAAAGGUUGGCUUUAGGAGCUUGUAAAGAAAGCAUGCAAUGGAAGGCAACUGGAGAACACCGAAGGAAGGUGGUGCCAGGGUGUGUGGAUGUUUAGUGUGCUUUUUCUGGACUUUUAGCUGCACUGGUCUGCUAUUUUCAAGCCUGUCAUUUAGACUAGCAAGGAUCACUCAAGGGUCCCUGGGUGCUGAUUCAGUGUACCUGAUAAUCUAAAAAAACAAAAAACCCUGCCUGGAAAUGCUUUAGAUACCCAAUGCCAAAAUGUAAUUCGUAUUUAUAUUGCCCUGAUCAUGCAUUUGUAAUGCUGAUAUUAUGCUUGACCUUUAAAGCCCUUUGCGGCCUAGGACCCUCGUACCUAUGGGACUGCCUCUCCCGGUAUGCCCUGCGGAAGACCUUAAGGUCCAUAAAUAGCAACACCCUAGAGGUCCCAGGCCCUAAGGAAGUCAGAUUAGCCUCAACCAGAGCAAGGGCCUUUUCAACACUGGCUCCGGCCUGGUGGAACGCUCUGUCUCGUGAGACCAGGGCCCUGCAGGAUCUGAUUUCUUUCCGCAGGGCCUGUAAGACAGAGUUGUUCCGCCUGGCCUUUGGCUUGGAACCAGCCUGAUACCCUCCCCCUCUUUCCUUUUCCUUCUGUGAUGGAACCCCUCUCUGGGGACUUCCCUGGCUUUUCUGGCCCAUGGAGGACCUGUCUGGAUAGUUGGCCUUGGUGAAGAUUUGACGUUUCCUCUCCCCAAACAGUUUUUGAUCUGGGCUUCCACUGAAAUGAGGCUGCAUUUUAAGUAGUAUUUUAAUCGUGUUUUUAAGUUGUAUUUUAAUCAAUUGUUUUCAUACCUGAUGUUAGCCUGCCUGAGCCCGGUCUUGGCCGGGGAGGGCAGGGUAUAAAUAAAAAUAAAAAUAAAUAAAUAAAUAAAUAAAUAAAUAUUGAGGAGCCCCAGUCAAUAAGUUCCAUGCCUAAAGCAUAACAUCCUUCUCUGAGUUCAAGGUUACAGCUACUCUAUAGGCAAAAAAGUAGAAGAAGCAACCUUGCAUUUUACAUCUCUUCCUUUUUACUCGCUACAGGUUCGUAUGCAGCUUGGUUUAUUAUGGUCUUACUCUCAAUGUGGGUGACCUGGGUGGCAGUGUCUAUGCCAACCUGGCUCUUUCUGGGCUAAUAGAGAUUCCGGCAUACCCUCUCUGCAUCUACUUGAUUGGCAAAAAAUGGUGAGUGUUGGAAUGCUAGAUAAAUUUCUUUUUUACCUCUUUCUUUCUUUCUUUCUUUCUUUCUUUCUUUCUUUUGAGUGGCAGCAGCAGUGGGUGAGGUUGUGGAUACUUCCUGGUGAGAAGGGGGAAAGGAGAGAAUUAGAAAAAGCAGGUGGCAGGAAGAGAUCUCGAAAGAUCCUGUCCCAUCCAGAGGAAGGGGGAGGCAAGAAAUCAUCUCAAGAGAUUCCCUCUUCUGCGGGUCUGCGCACGUAUGCCCCUUCUCCUAGGGAGAUGCUAUUCAUGUAAUCAGCCCUCUAGCCUGGUCAUCUUUCUCAUGAUUAUCAGUUUCAUUGCUGUGUGUGCUACUUAGCCUGACUCUGUUCUUCUGCAGUAAGCAAUGCUAUACUAUUUUCCUCUAGCGUGGGAGGCGCUUGCAUUUCUUCAUUUGAAAAUAAUUGAGAUCGAUCCCCAAGGAAAAGUGAAUAAGAAGAUACUGGGCAUAAAAAAGUAAACCAAUACAUGCAGGAAUGCAACGUGCAUGAAAAACUUUUUUUGUCAAGCUCCGGAGGGGUAGCCUUGUUAGUCCAUUGCAGGAAACACUACAAAGAGUUUUGUAGCACUUUAAAGACUGAAAUAUUGUGUACGCGGCAUGCAUGUAUCUCUUGAGGUGGUGUUGUGGUGUGUCUCGUCACAUGAGGUAUAUUGCAAGACCUGGCAUCAUGAUGAUCUCACGAUGUGACAUGACAUGAUGUUUCACAUCACUUGGCAUUAUGUGGCACAAGAUAUGACAACCUGACAUGAUGGUGCAUGAAGUAGUAUAUCUCAUGAAGCAUUCAUGCACAGGUAUAGAGGAAUUACUAUAAAUGGGCCCCAAAGGGAAUGGAAUAUAGAAGAUCUAGUAGGUUUAUGAAGACUCCCAACGAUAGUAAUUGGUGACAGCGCAAGUCUUCCUAGGUUUGCUCUCCUAAUUUAACACCCGUAGUGGGUGUUUCAAGUUAAGACCUAAACAAAACAAAACCUAAUAAGAAAUCCUAGUUCAAUUUUCUUUCCUGGUGACUCCUUUUAAUGUUUUUGUUGAUGAUGAUGAUGGUGACAAGUGGUAAUUAGGAAUUUGGGUAAUAGGUGCCUGAGAUGAUUUUGACAUUCUAAGAGAUAUUUGUUUUUAUCUCUGCUUCUCUUCAAAAAUCUGGAAUAACUUUGUUGACUGGAGAGUAAUAGGCUUCCUGCACUGAAGCCCUGGAUGUAAAGGGAGCUUGUUUUCUACUUGCUUUGCAUUUUCAUUGUUCUCUAUCUUUCUGGUUCUUCAGGUUUGGCCGUAAACGGACGCUUGCAGCAUUUUUGUUCCUGGGAGGACUAGCCUCUCUUAUCGUCAUGUUUCUUCCAGAAAAGAGAGGUAAAAGUGUUGUUCUUUUAACUAUGGAGCAGACGGCAGGAGGCCAGCAUCUUGCAGUGAAGGCUUUCUCAAAUCUGUAGGGGAGCAGCAAUCUCCAGCUGCUUAUAUGGAGAGUUUUGCCUUGGGCAGCUGGAACCAGACACACAAUAAAUAACUGGUCUUAGAAGCUUGAGAAGUAGUUAAAAAUGUAACCCAUCUGAUUCCUAAGUCCAGCCUCUCUAAGAGUGUCUCCUUUUGAGCCCGCAGCAGAAGACUUGGUCAUGUUCACUGGGUCUCUUCUGAGUAAAUCUUAGUUGGACACCAUGAAGGGAACCGUUCCUCUUCUGUGAACACAACAUUAAAUGGCGCUUCUCUUAGUUCCCCAGUACAAGGCCAGGUGGCGGUUUGACCAGAGUGUGCUUUCUGUCAAACAAGCUCCCUGAAACUCCUCCUCCUUUGAUAAAAUGGGAACAGGCUGGUUUUCCUGUUGCCUAGCAAGAGGGCGGGGGGGGGGUCAACUUUCAGCCUAAAGCCAAAAGGCCAUCCUUGCUUACUACAGCAUCUUUACAAGCUUUGCAUUUCUCCCCCAACAGCUACAGGAGUGUUUGCCAUUGUAAACAGCCGCUCAUUGUCUUUACUGGGAAAACUGACAAUCAGUGCAGCAUUUAACAUUGUCUAUAUCUACACAUCAGAGCUUUAUCCUACAGUGAUCAGGUAAGACAGGUUCAGUUUGGUGGCUUCUGUUGUCUAUGUGAGACCACCUGACUUUUCUUCUUCUUGGGAGGCACCGUUCAGUUUAAAUUCAUAGGUCCUUGUUUUUAGGGUGGGUUGCAGUAUCUCUAUAACUGCAGGUCCUUUCCCUGAGGGGCUUCCAGAUGAGAAUUCGACUUCUCCCCAUUCCCAAAUGCAAAAUUUAAAUGUGAACAUCCCUGUUUAGCCAAAGAAAUUCACUUGAAUGUUAGCUUCCUUUUGUGGGAAUGUUGAGGAAAGUAGGAGAGGUUAUACUGAUUGAAUAUUAUCCCUCCUCAGUCAUGCUAGUGAGCAAGGAGCAGAGCAUCUUCCCUUGCACAUUGCUGGAAGCAAGCUGAUGGAUUCGUGAGAAUCAUUUAAGUUAAGCAGUCCAGUCUGGCUUGUCCAGUCCGGAUUGUUCCUGGUAAAUUUCCCCUUUAUUUCCCUCUUAAAAAGAAUAAUAACAUGACAGUCUUCUUUAAAAGUAAUGGUACUUUCAGUUCACAGUAGUAUCCUGAAGGCAGGCUUUAUCUUGUAGUUACAGUUACAUCUGUAGAGAAAAGACGUCUGAGCUAGGCCUCAGACUUUCUACCUUGUGGCUUCCAUCCUCUGUACGAAUGAGCCUUGUGCUGCUGGCUAAGAGCCAGCAGAGGAAUCCGAAAUUAGAAAAUGGUAAAAGGUGAAAAGAGGAAGAUGGCUGCGUCGCUAGCCCUUUUGUAGGGCCUGCUGGAGUCCCACCCAUCUACCUGGUCACACACGGGGGGGGGGGGGGAGGAGGCUCCAGAGCAGGUAUGACAGGAAGUCCUCCCAUCUGGAGCAACAUUCUCCUGUGUGUCCACUCUAGGCAACAGGAAAUAUUAUAUUUGACAGCUUCAGUUAUGAUACAUCCCACACCUUGAUUAUUUAGUCCGAGGAGUCCAUACAGAAAUACUAAAGGAGUGUGUUGUUUCUCUGGGAUUAAGAAGGCAUUCAGAAAGGAAUGUGUUAAGCCCUUCUGCUACCCAGGAAGGCAAGGAACAUGUGACUAACUCUCUGUGCUGUAUCCCAUCCUCUAGGCUUCUCCCAAGUAUGUUCCUUUGCCUUUGCCUGGGACUGAGCUUCUGUUCAACCUCUCUUAGAACUCAGUUUCCCUCCUCAUUUUAACAUUGGCUAUUCUUCCUUAAAAAGUGACAAACGACUUUCUCCUUCUGUUUUACGGCCUUUUCCCUUUUUUAAAAAAAUGGCUUCUUUUUUGCUUGUGGCUCAGUUGGUCACACAAGAAGCAGGAGCUGUUAAAAAAAGAAGAGGAGGACACAGCGUGUCCCACGGGUCAAACAGCCUUAAGCAAAAAAGGCGCCUUCCAGUUCUGUGGCUGAGCCGUCCACUGGCAGCUUCCACUGCAAACUCUUUCAUUCUGCUCCAGAUCAGGUGGAGCUGCUUCAGCUUCCACUGUACUGGGAAGCCAAUUCCUGCUGCCAUCAGGGGUGUAUCUCUUAUCAAGUCUGCUUUUGAGUCCUUCCAUGCCAGGGAACGUGCAGAACUCAUGCAAAACUUCUGGAAAGCUCAGCAGCAUUCAAAGGAGAAUGAUGCUUAUCUCCCAUAUGUGGUGACUUGGGAGUAACUGAUGUGGAAGUGGGAGGCAUUCUAUGCACCAUUUUCUGUGCUAGGCACCGUCUUCAGAGGCAAAGGAUUCAGGCAGAGCAGAAUUUCUCUGCCAGGAGGUUGAACAGCCAUCUAUAUUUUUAAAUGAUAUUUAUUGAAAAUUUUUAGAAUUACAAAAGAGAACAAAGCAGAAAAAGAGAAAGAAAAAACAAAGAAAAAACAAACCACAUCAAACAAUACAAAUUCAAAAAACAAAAAUACACCACAAACACUCAAAAACAAAUCCAUCAUUCUCAAAUCCUCAACUGUCAUUACCUUCUUUCUUUGACCUCCUCCUCCUCCCUUUUUUGUAUCCUAGUUGUUAAUUGUCGCAGCAAAUCCUUUCCAUAUUUCAUAAUAUUCUGUCAUUACAUUACCUUAAUCUAUUUUAAUCUUAUCUUACUAUAAAGAACCUUAAAGCUUAAAACUUAAAUCUUAUUUUUACCAACUUCUCAUAACCAUAAUAUUCUUACAUAAUUCUUUAAACAUUUUUGCUAAAGCCAAGUAAUUUCGUUCCAACAUUUUUCUAACAUUCAUCAAUUUUAUAAAGCAAUCCUAGUAGUAAAAAAAAAGAAAUAAAAACAAUCCAAUCUUCAUCCAGCGUCCCUUCCUCCUGGUCCCGGGUUUUGUCAGUUCUUAUUAUCCCAUCGAUCUAGCGCAUUAACCUGGUAACCUUGUAUCCGAGGCCCUUAAGUCUCUUCCAUGUCCCUUCCGCAGCUCUUCUUCAUAUUUAUAACUGUAUUUUCCUUUGUCUCCUGCUCCUUUCACUCGUGGGAACUCCAGCUUAACAAUGUUUUUGACCCUUCUCGACAAAUCAGCCCCUUUUCCAUAGUCCACACUAAACUCCAUGUGGUAUUUAAGAACAUGUUUCAAAAUCCCUCCAAAAUUAAGAGCCCCCACAACCCCAAACAUCUCACGGCCCAUUGCCAGACUUGAAAAGUCCAAACAUCCCUGCAUAGGGGGGUCUAUCCAACCCCCCAUUUCCAAACCAAACCAAACUUUAUCUUUCCAAAUCUGGCUUUUUCCAAGUUCAUUUGUCAAGUCCAAAAGCUCAUGUUCCUGCUGGGCCACAGCUCCCUUCAUCUCUGGCGCCCAAGAUUCAGCAACAUCCUCUUCCCUCAUCUGUUCUGUCAGGGCACACUCCUGAUUUAAUUCCUGGGUGGGCUCCAUAUAAUUUCCCACUGCCUGUUCAAAAUUUCUGAUCGCAUCAGUCAUCAAGUCCGUCUUCUCAUGUAGCUGUUCCAGUAGGGCAUUUGUUUUACAGAAAGCACGCAACAGAGCUUCUGAAUACAUUGUCCUGCAAGGUCAGAAGUCUAUUCCCACGAUUGUAAUCUGUAACAGCUGCUAGCUCCCCGGAGUUGGUUACAGUUUCACAGUCUCCCUCUAGGGGGAAAACUUCUAUUUGUUCUUUCUUUUAAAGACAAGUCUAACAACAAAGUUUCCUUUUUCAGAUAUUUUGUCAAUAUUUGUUCCUUAAAAAUGUGAAGGGGAACAAUGGAAUCAAUGUUUCUCUUCUUAUCGCUAUCUGCCAAAAACGUUUGUCUCUGGUCAAUGAGCUUCAAAAAACGUCAGUCCUGACACCCCGCUCCAGGAUCAGGACGGUGGAAAGUUACUUUACUUUACACUCACUUCUGCAGGUUUAAACAGUCCGAAAAAUCCCCCUCUUCUCCUGCUUCCGAAGGGGGGUUCAACAAUUUUAAAUGAUGAAAGUUAAUCUUUUACAAGCGAUUUUCUGAGCUCUAGUUUGCCAUGUCUUUGCUUUAAUCUAUCUACAAGAAACGGAAGGCUGACUUCCUGUUUAGACCUUCCCGUUUCAGUGCCAAAUUGAGGUAAACUUUUAAGUCCAAUUUUCCUUUCUGCUCGCAAGUCCUUAUUUAAAGUCCAAUUGUCCGAAAUUUAAGUACUCACGGGUGAUUAUUUUAGAAGCCAAAUUGUCCCAGGCAGCGCUCUCCGGCAACGGCUGUGCGGCUUCGCUCCACGGAAGAAGCAGUUGACUCUCAGCACCGCGCCACUUCCCCCUCUUCGCUCCGGAGCCCGUUAGUGGGUUCUUUUGCGGGUUGGGGGGGCGCUAAAGGUGCCCGCCGAGUCCAAUGGUCACAGGCUUCAUCCGCCUGUGAUUUUUGAAAGGGUCCCCGCUUCGCCGUAGCGGAAAAGACCCGUUUCGCGUGGAGCUAGUCCCUCCAGAUCAGAGGGAGUCCGCCAUUGCCGAUGGCGCCACCCCGGAAGUCCCGAGGUUGAACAGCCAUCUAAAGCAGAUUUUUCAUUAGAAAACAGGCAACAUUCUACCCCUGCACAAAAUAAUUCAUUCUAUUUCUCCUUCAGCCUCCCUUGAAUCCACCUCAGUCAAUAAUAUAUAUAUUUAUUUAGGUGAUUUAUAGCCCAAUCUUAUUAAAAUUAUCCCAGAGCAGGAUGUAAAAAUUGGUAAUGCAUAAUAAUACAAUAUAAAAAACUAAACCACAGCAAUACAUCAAAAGUACAUCAUAGCACCACAAGAGUGACAGACCAUUUCCUCCAGUCAGUUAAGCAAAUGCUUGACUAAGUAAUGUCUUUACAAGUUGCCUAAAGCCCUCACCACUGAAAUGUACCACAAUCAUAGGGGUGAGGAGGGCUGUGUAGCCUCAUAGAGAACCACCUGGGGCCACUUCCCUGUGGGCAGGCAGUGUUCGCCAUUGCUGAGUAUUGUCAGGCUUAUUAAAUAGAUAUUUUCAGCAAUCUGCAGGUACUCUUCAGGACUUGAAAGCUUAGUCCUAAGCCUACAGGAAAAAUGCUUCAUGUAAAUGUAACUGUUUUGUUUCCCGCAGGAAUGUUGGAAUGGGAGCCUGUUCCAUGUUCUCCCGAAUUGGUGGGAUCAUCGCUCCUUUUGUUCCGUCUUUGGUUUGUACCGAUUUUUCCUUCUCUUACCCACGCUUUCCCCCAAACUGGGCAGUAGCAAAAUGCAAAGUACAUUUUGCGUGGGUUCAGUUUGGCUUUGACUCCGACGUUCAGAAUUCUUGAAUUGCCAGGUGCGUGGGACAGUUGGCUUUGGGGUAGACACGACUUUUGCUGGCUGAUGCAACUUUGAAGAGUCCUAAACUCCCCUUGCACAUGAUAAAGCUGUAGUGAUAGAAUCAUAGAACCAUAGAGUUGGAAGAGACCACAAGGGCCAUCGAGUCCAACCCCCUGCCAAGCAGGAAACACCAUCAGAGCACUCCUGACAUAUGGUUGUCAAGCCUCUGCUUAAAGACCUCCAAAGAAGGAGACUCCACCACACUCCUUGGCAGCAAAUUCCACUGUCGAACAGCUCUUACUGUCAGGAAGUUCUUCCUAAUGUUUAGGUGGAAUCUUCUUUCUUGUAGUUUGGAUCCAUUGCUCCGUGUCCGCUUCUCUGGAGCAGCCGAAAACAACCUUUCUCCCUCCUCUAUGUGACAUCCUUUUCUAUAUUUGAACAUGGCUAUCAUAUCACCCCUUAACCUCCUCUUCAUCAGGCUAAACAUGCCCAGCUCCCUUAGCCGUUCCUCAUAAGGCAUCGUUUCCAGGCCUUUGACCAUUUUGGUUGCCCUCCUCUGGACACGUUCCAGUUUGUCAGUGUCCUUCUUGAACUGUGGUGCCCAGAACUGGACACAGUACUCCAGGUGAGGUCUGACCAGAGCAGAAUACAGUGGCACUAUUACUUCCCUUGAUCUAGAUGCUAUACUCCUAUUGAUGCAGCCCAGAACUGCAUUGGCUUUUUUAGCUGCCGCGUCACACUGAUAGUUUCCUGUGAAUAAAGAUGUGUGAGAGAGAAAGGGAUAGGGGAGGGAAAAGGCAGUGCAGAGCUGCCUAAGCAUUCAGGUGGGCCACCUGCAGCUGGUGGACCUGUUGAAAAUAGAUGAACAAAGCCACCUUGUAAAGGCUCAGUCCAUUGGCCUAUUUAGUCAAGUUCUCCCUGCUGUGCUUGCCAGCAGCUCUUCAAGAAUGUUGCCAUCUGAGAUCUUUUAAAACCGGAAACAUUGGUGAGAGUGUGUGCUCUCUCAGUUGAGCCCCGCACCCUCCCCAAUGUGGCUGCUUCGUUGACUGUUCUACUGCCUCUCUUUGGCAGCUCUCCCUGUUCAUAUUUGUGAGAGUAGAGUGGGAGCCAGAGCUCCUUCAGAGAGUUUUUGUAAUAGUCUGUCAUGAGAGUUCUGUUCCUUCCACCCUUGACCCUGACAGGUGUGGCUAGGGCAUAGAUGUCUGAGUCUGGUUCUUCUGUCUCCCCUCUCUUCCAUACUAUCCCUCUCUCCAGACUCCGUUUUUGUAACUGUGCUCUUGCACUACCCAAUUUUUGUUGUCUCUGCAUGCAUAAUUUGGGGUCAGUUCACAUGACCAAUAGGGACACAGGUGGUGCUGUGGUCUAAACCACUGAGCCUCUUGGGCUUGCCGAUCAGAAGGUUGGUGGUUCGAAUCCCUGUGAUGGGAUGAGCUCCCGUUGCUCGGUCCCAGCUCCUGCCAACCUCGCAGUUCGAAAGCACGCCCAAAAAAUGCAAGUAGAUAAAUAGGUACUGCUCCGGCGGGAAGGUAAAUGGUGUUUCUGUGUGCUGCUCUGGUUUCGGUGUUCCGUUGCACCAGAAGCGGCUUAGUCAUGCCAGCCACAUUACCCGGAAAAAUUGUCUGCGGAUCAACGCCGGCUCCCUCGGCCUGUAAAGCGAGAUGAGCGCUGCAACCCCAGAGUCGUCUGCGACUGGACUUAACUGUCAGGGGUCCCUUUACCUUUUUUGACCAGUAGAUGUGUUGAAGAUGUGACUCCUCUAGUGGGUCGCUGCAAAUUCUCAUGCUGUUGUGUGUGGUUGUUUUGCCGCAGUUGCAGCCUGUAAGUGGCCCAACGUGUGCUUUGCCAGUGCAGAACAGCUGAAAGAAGGUUGAAUAGCUGUUAUGUCCUUGCACCAUCAUUUCACGAUUAACAUGAACAUAUUUGAGCCCUAGCUACUACUGCUGCUGUUUGUUAUAUUUGUUCUUUCUUUUCUUUUCUUUUUUUACAGAAAUCUGUGCAAGGGUCUCUGCCAUAUAUUGUGUUUGGCGUGGCGGGCUUGUUCGCUGGUCUUCUGAGUCUGUUAUUGCCAGAAACCCUAAAUAGCCCCCUGCUGGAGACGAUAUCUGAUCUACAGGUUUGCUCAUAUCGGCGGCUAGGAGAUGAAGCCGUUUCGCUGCAAACAAUGGAAAGCUCACGGGUAUGAACCUUUGCCAGUUCCCCUCCUGUUACAAAAGCUGUCAAGUUGAAUAGGAAGUCCCACCUUCUUUAGGGUUAUGUGGUGUCUGCCACUGCAGAUGGGCUCCAAGGAGAAGAUAUUAAAUAUUUAGUUGUAGCUUUUAGAUAUGUUAAGUGCUAGGCAACUGACUACUGUCAGGGAGAGGCAAACAGCGAAAGAGCUGUGGGGAGAGACCAGCACUUAUAGAGAGCCAAAAGAGAUAAUUAGUAGUCUGUCGUCUGACAGCGAAGAAGAGGCAGGGAGGGAGGGGGGAGGCUGAGCCCGGAACUAGUUAUGCUUUGAACAGAGGAAAUCAGAGGCGGGGUUUCCGCCGACUUGCAUGUUGGGCAAGAAAACGUAAAAAGAAACCAGACGAGGCAUCUUUGCCGACAGGGUCGGACAUGCUUUGAAGCUCUGGAAAUGCUCUUUUGAACUUUGUAAAUAAAUCAAAAAGAUUGUAACUGGCAGCGAGCCUGGAGUUUUAUCUAUGCCGGCUUGGGCAGCACAUACCUCUCACAACUACAUCCCAGACAAAUAGCCACUUUCUCUCUGGCUGCCAGCUUUAGAUCAGAGCCUGCUUCCUCCUUUAUUUCAAAGGAUAGCAACGGUUACCUAUUCAUUCUUCUCAUUGCCCCCCCCACAAAAGAAUAUUGAGUUGGAGAGAAACAACAGGAGGCCCUCAUGCUAUUGAACAUGUGAAGACAGCAUUUCCUAGAGGAAGGGGAACAGCCGCCGUGAAGGAACAGUGUUCUGGCAUGCUUAUUGUGUCUACAAAUGUCCUGUCCUACUCAGCAACAAGAAACAGAAAGGUCGAGCCCCAAACCCUCUGUCAGCGAUGAAGGAAGCAAAAUUGACUAGCAGCAGGGUUUGGCUGCCACUUUAUUGUCGAUCAUAGCUGUGGAGGUUUUGGAAGAGGAAAUCAGUGGUGCCAGAUAGGUUGAGCGCCUCUCUCCCUUGACUUAAGAGUACAAAGUGAUAGCCAGUUCAGGAAGAAAUGCAGUCACUUGCCUGCUCUGUGCUUUGUAAAAGUCAGUGGCUUCUUAUUCUUGAUAAGAGGCGAGCCUCAAAGGUGCCAUAAUCGUGUUGCCCAGGUUGUCCUGUUUGCAGCAAUAGUAAUGACAUGUUAAUGUUCUUUAUAGAGUGCUGAAAACACUCAUUAUGCUUUAUUUCUUUAUUUCGUAAGAUUUGUACACUCCUUGAUUUGGGGGUGGAGGGACAGCUUCAAAACAGUUGAUAAAGAGAAUGAUCCACUUUAGUAUUAUCCCAUAUGGAGGUUUGGGUUGAAGCUGGGUUAUAAAGGCUUGGUGGAAACUGAAAAUGACCUAGUGAAUAGUCUUGCAAGGCUGAGAUUAAUCAUCUGAAACAUUUUACUCGAAACAUGGUGAAGGAUAGCUCUGAUAUCAGACUCUCAUUUUCCUUCUAGUCUGACCACGAUAGUUCAGCUGGGAGUGGAAGUGAAGAUGAAGAGUUCUAUGAUGCUGAUGAAGAGACUCAAAUGAUCAAGUGA